AUGAAUCCAGGACAGCAAGCAAUUUUCCAAGAAUAUCUGACAAAUCAGGGGACUGUGGUGAAGCCCUUUUGCUGGCAGAAACAAACCCACCUGUGUGCCAAGUGUCCCUUCCAUAUACGAACUGGUGAAGAAGCCAGAGUCCCUUAUGAGGAAUUUUGCAGGGUCUUUGGCUUCCCGGGUGGGUUGACAGCAACACUCAGAAGCAAACACCUCCUCUUCUACGAGCUGAGGAGUUUCUGGGGGGGUUUAGUCCAAAAAGGCUGUGCUACCAACUGUGCUGCCCAGGCCAGGCACCCAGAAUCGAUGCUGUUUGAGGCAGGUGGGUACCUGGAUGCAGUUAUAGGUGCUUAUGAACACAUCAGAUGCAUCAUCCUCUACUCCAAUUACUCUCCCUGUAACGAGGCUUCCCACCGCUGCGCAGCUAAAAUCUACCACUUCUUGCUGCAGCACCCAGAACUUACCCUCUGCAUCUACUUCUCUCAGCUUUACCACGCUGGGCAGGGUUUCCCCACUGCUGCAGGGAACCAGGCAGCUCAGCAGAGCCUCUCCAGCCUGUGGCCUCGGGUGGCUCUGCAGAGACUGCCCAGCAGGACCCGGCGUUACCUGCUCUGCCGCUUCGUGCGUGGCAUCCCGGGGCCAACCCCUCCUCACCCAGCUCUGCUGCCAACAACCUCAGCAGAUCACUUAAGGGGAAUGAAGCCCUGUUUCAGGGAUGUCUUCCCACAGGCAGAGGAAGGACAGGGUGCUGUGCUGCAGAACUGGGAGACCUUCCCUUCUCCCAGCCUGGCCUCCCAACAGCCCCUAGCAGUGCCCACGGGCAGGCUGCUCCUUCCCACGCCUCCAAGCCACUCGGCGCUCCUGCCCAGCACCUUCCUGCCCUCUCAGAGGGAGCACCUGCACCCCAGGCCUCGAAAUAUUGUGAGGCAUUUAAACAUGCCCAAAGGAACAAGCCAGUGA